GUUUUAUUUUUUUUUUUCUAAUCAAAGUUUUCAGCUUUCUUUAUUACCUCUGCGUUUGAAAGGAAGGAGGAGUAGGAAAAAGGAGGUGGACCCAGGCUCAGUCGCCGGUCUCGUGGCUUCUUUGUAUACACAGCAGCUGUGUGUAAAUGCGCGUGCUGCGCUCUGAGGGACGCUCUGCGCUUCUUGGGCUCGGUCCAAGCUCACCGUGGGCUUCCUCCGAAAUGAAGCGGCCGAACCAGGUGUGAGAAGAGGAAUACUCAAACUUUACCUGUCCCUCCCCCCUCCCCUCACCUCCCUUCUUCUCUCGAAGCGCAGUGUGUCGUUUUUUAUCCCAACAAAGCUCGGGUCAGUUUCACCUCCUCUCCGCUCCGCUCCGCGCGCCUGGAUUGUAAACGGCAGAAACAAACAGAGCUCCGUGCAGAGCCGCGCGCCUCCACUCCGCACCAUGGAUGUAAGAUUUUAUCCGACAGCCGGUGGGAAUUCUAUUCCGGGGGAUCCGCCGAACCUGGAUUUUGCCCACUGUUUGGGCUACUACAACUUCAACAAGUUCCAGAAUAACAACAACUACAUGAACAUGGCCGAGGCCAACGGUGCCCUGCUGGCUGCUGGCGACACUUUUCACACGCCCAGCUUGGGAGAUGAGGAGUUCGAGAUUCCUCCGAUCACACCUCCACCUGAGACGGAGCCCGGCCUGGGCCUGUCGGAGGUGGACUCGUCGUUCCCCGGGAUGCCGGAGCCCCCGGCUCCUCACAGAGGACCUCUGAUCCCUCAGUUCCCCCCGCAGAGCCUGGAUCUGCCCUCCAUUACCAUCUCGCGCAAUAUGAUGGAUCAAGACGGGGUAUCUGUCAACAAUGGCCAACCCGUGAAUGUUGGACCUGGUCACCUACGUCAGUACCCACCCAACCCAGCAAUGGUGAUGAAGUCUAUCAUUAGCAUGAACAGCCCCAACGGCAUGAUGCCGCGAAACCAGCUGACCACCAUCAACCAAUCCCAGCUCAACGCUCAGCUGAGCCUAAACAUGACAGGACCCAACAUCACCCACACUUCCCCAUCACCGCCUGCCAGCAAGUCCGCCACGCCGUCUCCCUCCAGCUCCAUCAACGAAGACGACCAGGACGACGGCAACAGGGUGAUUGGCGAGAAGCGGCCAGCUCCCAUAGAUCCAACAAAGAAACCCAAGACUCCGAAAAAGAAGAAGAAGAAGGAUCCAAAUGAGCCCCAGAAGCCAGUGUCAGCGUAUGCCCUGUUCUUCAGAGACACUCAGGCUGCUAUCAAGGGUCAGAAUCCCAACGCCACAUUUGGAGAAGUGUCAAAAAUUGUAGCUUCCAUGUGGGACGGCCUUGGGGAGGAACAGAAACAGGUUUAUAAAAGCAAAACAGAAGCAGCCAAGAAAGAAUAUUUGAAAGCCCUCGCCGCAUACCGUGCUAGCCUGGUUUCCAAGGCUGCAGCAGAAUCAGCUGAGGCCCAAACCAUCCGCUCAGUGCAGCAGACCCUGGCCUCCACCACUCUGUCUCCUGGCAUGGUGCUGCCCUCACCUCUUAACCAACACCCCUCGAUGCCAUCGGCCUCCCAGGCCCUUCAACAGGCGCUGCCCCGGGCCAUCGCCCCAAAGCCCCUGCAGAUGAGACUAGGGGGCAGCCAGAUCGUAACCUCGGUCACAGUUUCCCACCAGAACAUGUCCUCUGGGAUGCCGCCGCAGCUGCUUGGCCAGAUGGGCGCUGGAGGGCCCAUGGUGGCGGGCGCCCAGUCCACGGCGGUCUCUCAGAUGAGUCCGCCCAUGCAACCGGUGCAGCAGCAUGCAAUGCAGCAGCUUCAGCAGCAACAGCAGCAGCAGCAGAUGCAGCAGCACCUCCAGCACCAUCAAAUGCAGCAGCAGCAGAUGCAUCACCAGCAGAUCCAGCAACAGAUGCAGCAUCAGCAUUUCCAGCACCACCUCCAGCAACAGCUGCAGCAGCACCACAUGCAGCAGCAGCAGCAGCAACAGCAGCAGCAGCAACAGCAGCAGCAACAGCAGCAAAUGCAGCUGCAGCACAUGCAGUUGCAGCAUCAGCUGCACCAGCAGCAGAUUCAACAUCUCCAGCAACAGCAACAGCAGCAGCAGCAGCAACAACAACAACAACAACAGCAGCAGCAGCAGCAGCACCAGGCCCAGUGUUCUCCUCCACAACACUCUCCCGGUACGCCCCACUCAGUGGGAGGCACCGCAUCGCUCGGCAGCCCCCAGCCGGCUCCACAGCAGCAACCACACCCCUCCCAAAUCCAGGCCCAUGCCCAGGUCCUGUCCCAGGUCAGCAUUUACUGAGCCAAAUGGAAAUCCUCUCUCAAAGAACAGGAAAAGAAUAAAAGCAUCAUUCCACGUUGCUUUUCAAAGUUGCACUUAAGAAGUGUGUACAAUUUAGAAUGUUAUACAAAGAACUUGUCCAUUGUUAUAGACAGAUAUGCACAUGCGUGUACAGGGGGUAAACGUGUUUGCUGGGUUUUUUUCCUCUAUAAAAUAGGCUGAGCUUUGACAGAAGCCUGUUUAAGGGUGAGCGCCCGGUGAUUGUUUAUUUGUUUGUGAGGUCUAUCGGUUGUCAAGUUUUGCUGACUGGGCACACAAUACGUUGAAAGACGUACGUCUUUCGCUGUUUUAUUUAACAAUAAAGCUUUAUUUAUGAGGCCAGAGUUGUCAGUUCAGUGCAGUGGAAGGACAUUUCCAGUGCAUAUUUGAGAGGGGAAAAAAGGAUUUUUUUUUUUUUUUUUUAUAAUCAGCUCCUGCUCGGACCGAGUGACUCACAGGAUCCUGCGCUGGAAACCAGUAAACCCACACGUCGCUCUUUGUUCCCACACUGGCCAGUAUAUAGUAGACUUUGUUUAACUCCGAACCCUUUCCGUAACCGUUGGGACAUCAACGCGCUGGAGGCUCCCCCGGUGGCAUCGGACCACGUUUAAAUCCAUGACACAUAUUGCAGACAAUGUCUCCUGAACAAUGAAAUGAAAAUAAAAAAAAACAUUAAAGAAAAAAAAAAAGAAAUGGAAAAAGGUUUUGGACUGAAGAUCUGUGGAAGAACGGACCGAGACAGAGACUGCCAUAAAUCAUUCAUGUCACCACAUCAUCAAACUGUAGCUGUAAUCUGCUGUACAUGUUUUGUAGAGUGGGAAGAGACGAGACCUCCUUUAUCCGGUAAUCUACCCUCCAGAUGAUUUGUCCAAAAGCGUGUAACUGGCAACCCACCCACCUCCCAGCCCAACGCCCCCUCCAAAAAAAAAAUA